CCGCCGGGCAUUAAGGACAUACAGCCAAUAAAAGCGAAGGAGUCACCAGCGGGAAAACAUCCCAUGUGAGGGAAAACAAGCCCUGGUUUGACUCGGGGUAUAACUCCGCCUAUUGAUCAAAGACCAUCCUCCACCCUUUUGUCUUUUCUCUACUUUGUUAACUUCACUAAAAGCCUCGUGGAUUUGGGGCCAGCUGCGCAAUCCUUUUGGCAUGCCUCCGCUCCUGCUUGGUGAGGCUUUAACGCACUGGAGCCGAAUAACAGCAUAAGCUGAAGAUCGGAGAUUUAUGACCCUAUUUUAAUUAUCAUUAAAGCGACUUUCAUGGAGUUUAUGGGGAGGUUAUUUACGAAAGCGAAAAGGUUUGGAGUCGUACCAGUUAAUAACAACAACAUUGCCAGACGAUGAGCCGCGAAUCGAUGCAGACCCUCUCAGACCCAGUGUUUCGGAGAACGAUGCCCUUAUUUGACGGAACAGCAGCAUCCAGCGGACUCUCAAAACCGCAAGCCAUGUCUGGUUUCCUGGGUAAACAGACUCUGCAGUACAAUGGAUCCUAUUUUACUUAUGAGCCCAGAAUAAAGGACAGGGAUGGAUUCACCCCUCCUUGGAGCCACUCGAAGACAUCUCCAAUGGAUGACAGAAAUCCUGUGAGUAACCUCUCUGGAAUAAUACAGAACCACAUGGCAUACAGGAAAGAUGGCAUUCCUUCAGAGGCAGCUCAUCACACCCCGGUUAAGAAGGGUUUUACAAUUUAUACUAAAAGUCCUGAGAUGAACAAUUCAACAACUGCUUCCUCUGGAGUUAUUAGAAAACCAAAACCAGGAGGUGAGAAUGCCCCCUCCCCAUCUCAAAGCUCUGUUUACCUGGCGAUCCCCAAACCAGUUUAUGGACUUAGUCCCUGCUGUACUGAACUGGGCUGUGUGAUAGGACACCGAUACGGCAUGGAGCACAUCUCUCCUAGGAUACCAAACACUGUCUACGAACACGAGUGGCUGCAAACCAAUGGCCACUACCUUGAAAAGCUUCCUAUUCAGAGAAAGGACACACUGCUGCAGCAGAAAAACUUGCAGUUCGAAUGCAGUGCAGAACAGUUAAAGAGGGCAACUGUGGAGGCCUACAGUCCGAGCAGGGUAAGGACACUGCCCCCUGUCAUUGAGCCAAGCUACAGCAGCUACUCCUGCACCCCAACUCGCACACUGUUUAGUUCUUUCAGAGAGCCCAGCAGUCGGCAGCUGCAGACCUCCCCCGCAAGCUACCCCGGCCUGUACGCCCCCCGCCCCACAUAUGAACAUAUGACCUCAGAGGUUUAUCAGGAAUGUUCUCCCAUGUCCAAAUAUGGCCAGCUCGCACAGCACCCAGGGUUUUACUACUCCCAGACAAACGGAGAGGCAGAAAACAGGACCCAGAGGAAGGAGAGUGGUAGUAAGCAGGGAGAAGAUGGCCCUCUCCUUCAUAAACACUCAAUCCCAAGCCCCCGAGAGCAUUAUGCAGUUCCUCCGCCACAUCACACUGAUAUUCCUCUGUCUUGCACUGAAAUGUUGCCAAAUCAUUCCUUUAUACAGGGUUAUGACUAUCCAUCUUAUACAGUUCCAAGAUUUCACUUGAACGCAGGCCAAAUCAAAACCCCUUUAAAAGGGCAAAAUUCAUUGUCUGCAUUUCAUCCAAGUCACAUUAAUGCUUCCUCAUCCAGCCAACACAUGGAUGUCCCUACAGCCAAAGAGAAACCCAACACUGCUGUGCACAUUGACCACCUUCACGGUGCGUCAUCAUUCAUACGGGUGAACAGAAGCAGUCCAACCAGAUGUUUAAACCCAUCUGCUAUCUCACCAUCCAGGAUACAAGUUAGCAGAUUUUUCCAACCGUUCACCAGCCUGCAUAUAGACCCAGCAGUCCAUUCACAACCUGGAAGUAACACUGAUAGGAUCAUAGACCAUUCCCGCGGUGAAGCUCAGGUAAAACUGUCAAAAAGCCUUCCAGUUUCCCAAGCACCAUGGCUGCACCAGUCACCCUGCCACAGCUCAGAAAGAACCCAUGCAGCUGUGCCCAAUAAUUUCAGAAAAAUUAUCUACUCCCCCACUGUUAAAACAGGAAGCAAGCACAAUGGGCCAGUGUCCGACGCAGGAACCAGCGACUAUAAAAAGUGCCUAAAGAGGAGUGUUUCUCAGUCAUCUCACCCAGUCAGAAUAAAAGAUGAGGAUGUGUAUGAGGUGGAAUGCACCGACAACAAACGACAAAAGAUGGAAACGGAGAAAGCUAAGGCAAGUAAUAAAACUGACUCUCCUCCUAUGCCAGUUAUUGACAAUGUGUUCAGCUUGGCACCUUGCCAGCCGCACCUGCAGGAAUCUGGAGUUUUGUUUCCAGGAAGAGUAACUCAGAAAAUCAGCCAGACUUCUGGGAAGCACAACAACAAACUCAAACAAAAUACCAAAGAGAAGAGUUUAGUUCAAAAUGAUCAGGAGUCUGCCAUCUGCCUGGAGUCUAAAUGCUCAUCAGAAACUUCAGCUGAUGAGUUUUCUGUGGAAACUAAAACGAUUAAAGUGGAAAAAGCAGAUUCGCCAGAUGUCGACACCUCCACAGAGAGUCAAAAGCAUCACAGCAAAGUGGAGAUGAUGAACGAGCCUGAGGAGACUGGAUCAUCUGUCAGUGUGCCUGUGGCAUCAAAAGAGAAAUGUGAAUCCAAUGAACUAGAAAAUAAGUCUUUAUUUGCAAGUGAAAAUACAACUUCAGAUGAGUUGAAACCUGCUGAAUUGAUUGCACAAAUGGACCCGGAUAAUCCGGAUGAGGCGACAGAAACACAGGCAGUUGCUUUACAACCACAAGCCGGCACUUUGCUGCCUCCAGGAAAAGUCAGUUUUAAAAGCAUUCCUCCUCAUUGUCUUAAACUUUCCACCUACAACAUUAUCAUUCCUGAUGGCAAGCACUGUAAGAUUGCUCUACCUGCAAAGCAAAUUCCACCCACACAGCCCAUAACUGUGCUCACAGCUAAAGAAGAGCCCCAAUCCCCAGUACGCAAACACUUCUUAGAAUUGCAUCAGUCUCUCUGCAGCUUGAUAUCCAAAUCUGUGUCUGCCUCUUCAGAGAAAGACCUCAAAAGCUGGCAGUCUCAGCUGGAAAUAUCAGAACCUUCUUCUCAUUUAAGCAAGGUCCAGAGAGUGCCAUGCCUCUUGGGGGCAAAGGUGAGAGAGGGGUGGAUCAACAAGGAGAUCAAAGCAGCCCUCCAGGAGGUCCUGAAGAGGCUGAGGGAGUACACAGCUCAGAAGCGCUGUCCUUUUCCGCAUGUGAUGCGGACGGGCACGGUGUUUCUCCCCAUGCUGGUUGUGAAGGAGCUGCUGUUUCCAACAGUCCAGAGCUGCUUCGUCGACAAGGUGCUGCAGGAGCACAAGGUGGAGCUGCGGCCCACAACGCUCUCUGAAGAAAAGAUCCUCAUCCAGCUUCAUAAGCGAGCUUGUUCCUCCAAGCUCAGGAGGCUGAUGUCCCUCAAACACCUGCCGGACAUUUACUCAGAGAUGAUCAACCUGCUGUACUACACGAACGUCUGCAAGCACCUGGGACUAAAUAUGGAUCCUUAUUAUAAAGAGCAAGAUGGAGGCCAGGAAGUGUCAAACGCCACAAAUGCAGCUCCUUGUGAUGCUCUUGCCUCCCCGGCCUCUCCAUCGGAGUCGUACCAGCAGACAUGCGUGAAGGAAGAGGAGAGCGAGUCGUCUCCUAGCCAGAGCAAAACCAAAUGCAGAGUAAAGAGCGAUUCGAGGCAAACUUUACUGGUUUCCGAUGAAGAAGGGGCAGGCGGUGCGGGGCAGGCAGCAGUCGAAGAUGAUCUGAAAUCAGUCAUAACUAAAACUCCUGGAUUCCAUCAGAUAGAGAAUGAAGACUCUGAUUUCGUGGCUGCAGAGGAAGAUCUUACAGCUGCUACACAAUCAGAUGACAAUUCCUGGACAUGUCCACUAACGCUGGAAGAGCUGUCUCCGUCUCAUAGCGAUGCUGAAACUGAGAGCUCCUCCGGUCUGUUGACCGACAAUCGGCCUUCGGGACAUUCUGCCCCAUCCAAGAACUGCUCUGGCAUGAUCCUCAAACUGAGGAAGAUGCUCAGUGCGGGAAUAAACAGAAAAAGGGCUUGCUACGAAGCCGUGUCGCAGUCCGGGGCGUUUGCUGAGCCUUCGUCGUCACAGACUGAAGUUGAAGAGGGUGUAAGCGGAGAGAGCAGCCAACACAGAAAGCCUAACACACUGAACAGGUGGAAGGGAAAAGGAAGCUUUUGUCAUCCUGGAAGGUCCCUCAGCAGCUGCUCUAAAACUAAACAAAGGUCUCUGCUUAAGAUCAAAUACUGUCCCUAUCUGUCGGCCUGCCACAGCGCCCAGCACAGGCGGCGGUGGGUUCUGCGCUCGGCCGUCCAGACGGCCCAGAGGGCCAUGAGAUUCUACUACCCGGACUUGGUGGGGAAGAGGAUCAGGCACUUGUAUGAAGAAGACGACAAAUCGGAGGUGUGGUACCGAGGAGAGGUGCUGCGUAUCCACGAGGCUCACACCAAUCCCCUGAAGACGGUAUUUGAGGUGAGGUACGACAGCGAGCCGGAAUGGAAGUACUACCUGGAACUGCUCAUAGAUUACAAGAAGGGCUGGCUUAAAAUAGAAGACUAAACAUUUCUCAAGUUUUCUUUUCCUGAGGGGUUGUGGAUCACAGAGUGCAACGACGAAGUAAAAAUGUUGCUAGACUGGAAGCUUUUCCUUCGUUGUUUUUCUUUACAGAUGUUGUUGUAAAUGACAUUUUGUCUUUGACACAGUGGCUUCAAGGAGUUUACUCAGAAAUUACAAAUUUCCACCAUCAUGUAUAUUUCGGUAACUGUUCCCUUUUUUUUAAAAAAUGCCAAAAAAGAUGUUCUUUUUUUUAAAAAAAUGUAAAUGAAUACAGUGCCACGUGUGUGUGUAUGUUUACAAGACUUAAUUUGCAGUAAUUUGUUUUCAAAGAAACUUUUUUGGAGCAAAUGAAGCUCAACAGGCAUUAAGGUACUUUAUAUGAAGCUGCUUUUUUGUUUUUCUAAAUAACCAGAACCUUACUGAGAUUUUUGAAUGGAAGUUUAUCGAACUCAAUAUUCUGACAUUCAUCUAUGACUAAACCUCAAAUACUUUUUACAUUUUUUAUUUUUUUUCCCACAAUAUUCUUAGUGAACAAGUUGAAUCUUCUUAAGGUCUUUAAAAAUAAAUGUUUUUAUACUGAAA